AUCAAGCUUGCUUGGCGCAUCCUGCAGUCCGAGACCAAACUCGAGCUCUGGGUCAAUAGGAUUAGUUUCCCUCGGCGGGCCGGUUGAUUGUCUGAGUGACUGACAAUAAUAAAAAGUGGAGGUCGACAGCUCAGCAUGCUUUUUCUUCUACUCGUAUGUUUAAGUCGGGCUCACCGUUGGUCUCGUCUGCCUGUUUGCAUGCACUGUACAGGUGCAGUUAGGGUCUUUAUCGCCGACCAGGUACUGUCGUACAGUACCUCAUUGUCUAGGCCAUUAUCGGCCGCUAGAUUGAUCUUCUCUGCCUUCUUCUCGUUGUUUUGCUCCGUUCCUCCCUUCUUGAUGUCAGGGUCUGAUUCCGUUGGGAAAAUGUCAAGCUUGGCACUGCAGCCAGCCCUAUGCAGAUGGAGUCGUCCGGAUGAACCUCCGCUCAGGCAGCACCAUUUCUUUCCUCUUGGCGAAGAGGCAAACCUCUUUCCUCACGGUCGUUGCAUCGCAUCCCUAUGGUUCGAUUGUAAACCUGAGGACCCGUCACCCGCUGAAAGGCUGAAAAGCUAGCCGAGUGGAGCAAGGCCAGCACCAGAAGAAGUCAAGUCAUCCAGUGCCUGCUCGAGUCGCUAAUCUAAUAUGGCCAAGAGUCCGAUCAGUGGACUCUUGGCAAGGGAGCGGCCUUUCUGCAAUCUGGUAUACAGUUAUAUACAGUAUGUACCGGUGUACAUACCGUACGCGAAGG